UUUGGAAUAUAUUUAAAGGUGGUGAAGUGAUUCCGAUGUUAUUCUUACCUUGAUGAGAUGGCUAUUUGAGAUGCAGUGGACUAGAUUCUGGUGGUGGUGUUCUGGUUUUAUUUUUGUGAUCUUGUCUUGAGAGGAUUCAGCUCUUGGGAUUGAUAUAGAUGGAGGUGCAAUGAAUUUGCAUUGAGUUCUUGCUCUUAUGAUGUUUUUUUUAUGAUUCUCGAGGCUGAUUUGAGGGUGUGCUUAGUUAUGUUUUGGGUUUUGACACCUGGGGUUGGCUCCGGAUAUUCUAGACAGAUUCAGGAUUUGAAGUUCGCAUUUGAUGAAGUUCUUCUUCUACAGUUUGGUUUCAGAAUUGUGUUAUGAAUUUGGUGAGUCUUUGAAUGGGUUUCAAUGUGGAAUUUAUUUCUCCUUGAUGUUGAAUUUCUGGCCAAAAGUUGGUGAGUUAUUGAAUGGGUUUCAAUGUGGGAUUUGCUUCUCCUUGAUGUGGAAUUUCUAGUUAGAAUUUGGAAUCGAAGACCCAGCUUCUCAUUUGGUGUCAUGCUAAAAAUAUUCAUUCUUGCUAUGUUGGGUAUAACAAUUCAGCAAAAUGUAUACUACGUUGGACUCCAUCUCAUUUCUCCAAGUGUUGCCAGUGCCUUGGGCAAUGUCAUUCCUGCUUUUACUUUCUUAUUGGCAAUUGUACUGAGGAUGGAAAAGCUCAACUUGAAGACUGUAAGAGGGAGGGCCAAGCUUGCAGGGGCCAUCUUCUGCAUCACUGGUUCCCUGAUCUUCACAUUUUGGAAAGGUCAUUUUGUUGGGGGCCUUUGUUACUUCACCUAUGAUCCAACUUCAUUUCGAAAGUCCUGAGAAAGGCGAUGCCUGGCUUAAAGGCUCUGCUCUUAUGCUAUUCGGCUAUUUUGCAUGCAGUGUAUCACUUG